AUGAGUGAAAGUAAUGAUUUCCAAAAUUCAGAUAGUAAAUUUGACACAACAGAAACCAGUCAAUUUUCUAUCAGUCUUGCUGAAUUUUUUCACGUGGAAAGUAUCCAACUAGCUGCAUUUCUAUUCGCUUUCAUCCUUGUAAUUGGCAUUCUGUUGACCCUGUUGAUUGGAAUAAUGAUUAUAAUUUAUUGGCGUAAAAUGUUAUCCUAUGGAAAGCAUUCAAUGAAAGCGUUUACUAAUACCAAUACCACUAUUCAUAGAGAUAAUACUGCAAACAAUAAAUUUGAUGAGAAGGAUAUAAAACCAUUGGAGUUCAAUCAAGUCUACACAAGAAAAGGUAUUCUAGAAUUCAGUAUAACGUAUUGUACAAAAUUGCAUACACUGACAGUUGAAAUUAUUCGUUGCAGAGAUUUACAAUAUCCACAAGAGUUACCUAACUAUAAUACACGUGUCACAAUUACUUUAGCCUUUUGGGAUGAUACUCAUUGGAUUAUAUUAGAUCAUCAGCAAAGAAAAACAACCUACAUUAAUGGUUUGAAUCCGGAAUGGAAUGAAAAAUUUGACUUUGCCUUAUUACAACCCCAGUUGUUACAAACAAAUCUAAUUAUUGAAGCGUAUACAUGCGAUUCAAUUGGUCAAGAUACAUGUGUUGGGCGGUUAGAUUUAGUAUUAAAAGAUAUAGAUUUAAAUUUAUUUAUGAACAAAGUGUAUACACUGUGUGAAGUGUUGAAAGUGUACACAGUUAACUUUUCAGAUUUAGGUGAAAUGUGCAUUGGCUUACAGUAUGAAAUUUCACAAUGUUUGAAAAUUCAUGUCAUUGAGAUACGUAAUCUAAAUCUGAGCAAAGUUCUUAAUUCAGUCAAUGCAAAUGGGAUUGAUGUGACUGUAUAUGUGAUAUUAAGAGGAAAGAUAAUUAAAAAUGAAGCUAUCCCUUCACAAGGAGAAUUAGGGAAUUUAUACUUUGAUCGUACUGUUCUAGUGAAUCUAAAGAAAGAGGAUAGUUUAGAAGAUGUACAAAUUUAUUUUCAGCUAAGUCAUUUAAAUCGACAUGGUUUAAAACAAGCACUCGGUGAAAUUAGCAUCGGUUCAAAGUCAACACAGAAUACAGGAAUUAAGCAUUGGUUAAAUCUGUGCAAAAAUCCAUUAGAGGUGAAUAUAAUGUGGCAUAUAUGGAAUCCAGUAUCAUAAACUAUGCUGAAGAAGCUGAGCAAACCUUCUUAAUCAAGUGAAAUGGGAUAAUGAAUUGAAUAUUGGAUUUUAGUAGAUCUUUUGUAAAUAA